AUGCCAUCAAAGAAAUAUCGAACAUUAUCUCAAGAAAAUAGAGAAUUUCAAAUUGAAUGGGAAGAAAAGUUUUUUUUCGUUGAACUGAAUGGUAAAGCUGUUUGUUUGAUAUGCAACUGUGUCAUUAAUUCAUUGAAAAAUUAUACUAUUGAACGUCAUUAUAAGAAGCACUCCGAAAUAUACAAUUUAUAUCUCGGAGAGUCAAGGAAAAAAAAACUCAAUAUAUUAAAGACGUCAUUUAAAAAUCAGUCCUCAAUAUUUAAACCAGUGGAAAAUAAGCAUCAGUUAUUAACGUCUUAUAAAAUUAGCCACCUUCUUGCUGUAAAUAUGAAACCUUAUUCUGACGGAGAAAUUAUUAAAACUGCUAUUUCCAUUUUUUGUGAUGAAUGUUGUCCGUCAAAUAUACAAAAUAUUGCAAAACGAUUACCAUUAAGUAAUGAUACUAUUACAAGAAGAAUAGAAUGUAUUUUUGAGGACCUUGCCCGUCAGCUAAUCAAGUUCUUUACUAUUAAAAAUAAUUUUUAUAGAACAUCGAAAGAUUUUUUAUAUCAUUCUUUUGCUGUCGACACGAGUAAAGAUAUCUCUGAUACCGAACAAAUGGUCGUAUGCAUUAGAGGUGUCACUUCGGAUUUUAAAAUUUCUGAAGAAUUUUUUUCUCUUCGUUCAUUAAAAGGCACUACAAAAGGAAUGGAUGUACUUAACGAAUUCCUUGAAAGUAUUAAAGAAUUUGACAUUGAUCCUUCCAAAAUAAUUUCCAUAUGUACUGAUGGGGGGGCGAAUAUGAUUGGUCGUAAUAAAGGGUUUCAUGGACUUUAUUCAGAAUGGAGACUUGAAAAAAAUCUUGAUCCUAUAUUUUGGCAACAUUGUAUCAUUCAUCAGGAGAAUAUAAUCGCAAAGUCACUUAAAAUGCAAAAUGUAAUAAGUACGGUGUUGUCCAUUGUGAAUUGGAUACGCGGUAAAUCUCUCAAUCACAGGAGAUUUAAAAAAAUGUUAGUGGAAAUUGACACAGUGCAUAAUGAUGUGCUUUACCAUACCACUGUUCGAUGGUUGAGUCGUGCCGCGUGCCUCAAAAGGUAUAUUUGCUUGAAUAGAAGUUAG